UAAGCCGUGCGACUGGAUAGAUACAGAAGCCGGAGCAAAAAUCCCCAAGCAACACUUAAGGCAUAAAUCCGAACUCAAUCACGCAACAAGGUAGCCGAGCCCAGGCCUCCAACAGGACUCAAAAGUCUCAGACUGAGAUACUGGCAGGUCUCCAGUCCCACAGACAGAGACAGAGACAGAGCGAUAAACGAUGCCGAGUGGCUGCCACUGAGAUAGCAUUGGGGCAAUCAUCAUCAGAGCAUCAUCAGCAUUAUCUCGGCUCUGGCUGUUGGCUGUUGACUGUUGGUUUCUUCUUGUGGGUCCCCUUGCUGCCAAAAAAAAAAAAAAAAAAUCGUUGAUUUAGUUUGCGGCCAGGACCUGAGCAUUGUAAACAUGCCAGCACACCCCUCGAACGGAUGCUCAAUGACAUUUCGAGCCUGAUUCAAGGACGUGUAAACGAAAACCACUGCGAAGGCCAAAAAUUAAGCUCAAUAUCCCCCUCGUAUACACACCUCACAUUCUUUGGCAGGCGGCAAAGUGAGCAUCUGCGUAACAUCAUCAUGGCCAGUUGCAACAAUUUGUGGACCUCGACAGCAUUUGCAUGCAGAUUUAAUAAUGGCUAUGCUCAAGAUGUUGUUGCCAGCCACGGCUGAGCUGUGUACACAGUGCCUCGCUCUGCGUCCCCUUGUUAGCCAAAAUGCGGCCGCCCAUGGCCAUGCAGUCGACUGCGCUGCAGCAGCAGAAUGAAGCAUUUCAGCAGGCGCACGUACACGUUCAUGCAACGCCAACAAUACAACAACAGCCACAGGCCGCACAGCAUCCGCUCAGCCUAGAGUUGGAUACACAGCAGCAGCAUCAGCAUCAGCAUCAGCAGCAGCAGCAGCUGACAACGCACAAAUCAAAACUGCCGCCACUGGAGCUGCUUGUGGAGCACAAGCUUAGCUACAGCUCAGCAGCCACGUAUCAGCAGCAACAGUCUGACCUUAAGGAUUCCAAACAGCAACAACAACGAGAACAGCCAAAGGAUCUUAGACAUUCCCAGGCGCAGAGCAGCACAACCUGCCUGAGCGCUGCACGCGCCUCCAUCUUUGAUGACGCUGCCGAAAAUUUCAUCAUUAACUUUCCGGCCGAAUCAUCGCUGCAGCUGUUGCCACUGUCCGAGACGGUGCCAUUGCUGACCCACAUCGAGGCCACCGUGGUGGACAAACAGCGCUCCAUACGCCUCAACAAGAACAGCGCCUCGCUCAUCUUCACCAAGAAGGAACUCAGCCCCAGCAGCCAGCAGCUGCGUCGCCAGCAUCACAGCCUGUACGGUGCGGGCGAGCGACAUCGCAAGCAAACCAAACAUUUGCCGUCCACGCGCGGCCAGCAGCAGCGACGCAGCCUUCAGCUGAACUACAACAACAAUCUGGUGACCACAGCUGCAUGCAACAACGCCGGCACGGCUGGCCCUAAUAACGCCGCCAGCGGCGGCAAGCUUGUGCCGCACAAGCAUCACACACACAGUUACGGUCACAGUCAGAAUCACGGCCAAAGUCACGGCUCCGGUCACGGUCACGGUCACGCCGGCGUGGGUCUGACAUCGCCAACGGCCAACAGCGCCGGGGCUGCUGCAUCGGCGCGCAAACAGCUCUCCUACUCCUGGUACGCGCCAGUCUAUAGUGCGCUCGAGGAGGAGCUGGAACAGGAUUCGAGGGAUUCCUCGCCAAUUCACAAUCUGGCCAACACAAAGCAUCAGGCACGCGCCAGCAGCCAGCAUAGUGCCACUGCCUCGCAUGCCGCGCCGCAGCACGACUCGGACACAAACGAGACAGUUGCGCUGCUGGAGACGCAGACGCGCAACAAGAUCAACAUCAUUUCGGCAAGCGACGGUGGAGCUGAGCGCAAGGCGCAGCCGACGCGCAUCUCCCUAUCCCUGCCCAAUUCCCACAAUCACAAUCACUCACUCUCGGUCAGCAGCCUGGGCAAUGGGGCCACAGCAGCUGCCACUGGAACAGGCACAGGCGCCGGCACCGGCACCGGCACCGGGGCCGGGGGUAGCGAUAUGGAGAGCUCACUGGGACUCACGGGUGCUCAGCUGCCGCGUCGUCGACGCUUCGAGAACUUUAUCAAGUCGCUGGUUGGCCUCAAAGGCAGCAGCAGCAGUCGAGCCAGUGAAAAGGAAAAGGAACGCGAACGGGAACGAGAGCCAACACAUUUGCGACCUGCCUCGCCGGAAAUACGCAUUACGCGCACACCCUCGGAACAGGAUGUGGUGCUGCGGGAUCCCGCCGGCCGCCAACAGCUAGCCAAUGGUCAUGGUCAUGGCAGCAGCCGGCUAAGCAUCAGCGGCUCGAGCAGCUCCCUGAACGUGGUGCAGCAGAAGCUGUGGCACAUGAUGCGUCGCGAGGGCAGCGCCAGCAGCCUGCAUCAGGAGAAAUCACAGUCCAUUGUACAGUAUACGGGCCUGCGCAAAUGCGAAACAGUGCUGGCCCUCACACGCCAGAGCCACACGCUGCAUCCCAUGCCAGGGGACGAGACGGCCACGAUGCUGGCCACGCAUGGCGGCAGCGGCAAUUUCAGUGCCGGCGGUGUGGAGCAAAUACGUCCGCUGAAUCGAUUGCGCAACAGCGUUAGCAGCAUCAAUGGAGUUGGCACAUGUUCCCGCUGCUCCAGUUUGUUGUCGCUGGCUGCAACCGGUUCGCGUUAUUCGCUCGCCAAUGGCUUUGUGCCGCGUCCAGAGUCGGCGCUAUCCUUUAGCACACAUCCGAGACGGCCCAGUGUCAGCUUUGUGGAUGGCGGCGCCGGCGGCGGCGAUGUGGAGCAGAUGCCGACGGAGCCGACGCACAUCAAUGUCAAUGCGCAGAUACGACUGAGCAAUGGCAGCAGCAAUAGCGCUGCAGCUGGAGCAACUGCUGCUGCUGUUGCUGGCUGUGGCUCACGCAAAAGUUCCGCUGGCAUGCAAAGCGCCAGCAGCCCAAGUCCGCCGUCCAAUGUGACCACAGCAACAUUGCACUCCGCCGGCAACAAUAUCAACAGCUUUGAGGAGCACACACCGGCCACGCCAAGCAGCACGGGCGGCAUCGAACUGGGCGCCUUUGGCACCACCCACGCAUAUCCGUUGACAGUCAGCUCCCUGCUGUCCAUGGCCAGUGCCAAUCAUGCGGCCCAGGCCUGUUGUGUGCGCGAUGGCAUCACAUUGAAGCGGCGCGAGAUGCUCGCCUCCGCGGAUGUGACACCCUCGGUGGGCACACCAGCCACGCCUAUCAAUUUCCAGCAAUUCACCUGCAAACUCUGCCUCAUCGAUGUGGAGAACGCAGCAGACGCCACCGCCCUACUGCAAUGCGGCUGCCAGUUUUGCACAGAGUGCAUGCGCGCCUAUGUGGACUUUGAGAUAACCGAAGGCGCCUACGAGAUCUCCUGCCCCGAUGCCAAAUGUCCAGCGCAGGGCGCCAUAUCGCUGCCCGAAAUUGGGACCCUAACCACAACGAAUCUGCUAAAGAAACAUCAUCGUUAUCGCCUAAAUCGAGAAAUCGAAUUGGACAAAACGCGCACCUGGUGCCCACGUGCCGGCUGCGAGACAAUUUGCAUGGUGGGCAACGGUGCUGCGGGCGCUGCAGCAGCAGCAGCAAACACUGCGACGGCGACUGCGAAUGCGACGGCGUCAGCGACUGGUGGCAGCGCCAUUUGCCAAAUGGAUGAGUCACCAUCAACAUCGCAGAGCUAUACACCACAACAGGACAGCGCUACGCCGCUUCUCUCCAUAUCCGUGCACUGUCCCUCCUGCAAGGAUGAGUUUUGUGCCCUGUGCAAAAAGGCGUUUCAUCCAAACAUAAGCUGCGAGGAAUUUGGACGUCGUUUGAUUGCAGAUGGUCAGGAUGAUAUUGGCAUACCGUUUGAUAACGAGCUCAUCAAAUGCUGCCCGAUGUGCGCGGUGCCCAUCGAGAAGGACGAGGGAUGUGCCCAGAUGAUGUGCAAGCGCUGCAAGCACGUCUUCUGCUGGUACUGUCUGGCCAGCCUGGAUGAUGACUUUCUGCUGCGGCACUACGACAAGGGGCCGUGCAAAAACAAAUUGGGUCACUCGCGCGCCUCGGUUGUGUGGCAUCGCGCCCAAGUUAUUGGCAUAUUUGCGGGCUUUGGCAUUCUACUGCUGGUGGCAUCGCCGUUGCUGCUGCUGGCGGCGCCGUGCAUCAUUUGCUGCAAGUGCCGCGGCUGCAGCGGCUCCAAGAUUGAUGAGGUGGAUGCCGAGCUGGAGGAGGAGGUCACCGCUUUGCAGGGCUAGCUUCGAGGAGCGCUACCGAUGAUGGUUAUCCAUUUUAAAUUGUGUAAAACCCACUUGAGCGCAGCUGCUUCCUCUCACCCCUUCACCCCUCGCCCCUCCCCCUCACGCUCCCAUUUUGAACAACCUGACGAGUUCUUUAUUUUUAACUUUGCGACUAGUUAGAUUGGUGGCAAAUAUUGUUAUUGACGAACCGUUUAAAUUUAUUAUUUUAAUUGUAUGCAUUGUAUAGUAUAUGUGUUAACUAAAUUGUGAUAUUUACAGUGAUUCGAUUUUUAAUUGAAUCGAAAAUUUGUUGAACCUAUACACAGAGAACAAGCGCGCCUUUGAUUCUUUUCUUGUUUCUUGUUUUAGGUUUCGUGUCGAUUUCUUUACAUACACAAAUGUAUGUCCCAUGUCUAUGUAUAUAUAUAUAUUUAUAUAUAUAUAUUGUUUUAUGUUUGUCCAUUCAACAAGAUUGUAUACAUUGUGUAGGCCCAAGCAACAGUUUAGCGCGUAAGUUAGCCUAAAUUUACUAGCCCACUCUAGGAUUUUAAGUAUAACUCUCAUAUAUUUCAAAUGUGCUGCUUUUAUAUAAAGAACACACACACACACACAUACACACACAGAUCCUAACACACGCCCAUACGACCUUUUUCUCAAGUAUUACGGGAUACCACAUGCAAAUAUCGAAACCGAGUAAUCAGCCCAAAAUGUUAAUUGAUUUCAAAUGUUUGUGCAACUGCUUGGAAAUGCUUUUAAAUGCUUACAUAAAUCUAUACACACAUAGGUGAGUGUGUACGUGUGUGUGUGCACACACGCAAUUAACAAAUAACAAGAAUUAUAGAAAAAGAAAAAAAAAAACAGAAAUUUGAUGCUGAAACCCAUGUACGUACAUAUAAGAAAAGGUUUUGAUCGAUGUAAAUUAUUAAAAAUACUUAUUUAAUGCAUAUAUAUCAUAAAAAUAUAUUAAAUAUAUAACUAUUAAUGUGCGUGUAUAUUAAAAACAAUGUUUAAAUUCUACUCUUAAUGUGAACAA